CAGCAUGAUGUUUGUGUUGUCACGCGGAUACGCGACUCGUGCCACUCAGAAGCAUCACUUUGCGCACGCGCUUUGCGGCGGGGCAGUUCCAUAGCAACCGUAAAGAACAACAUGGCAAAAGCAACAACUAUUAAAGAGGCCCUGGUGAAAUGGGAGGAGAAAACGGGGGAAAAAGCGAGCGAGGCAACAGCAGUAAAGCUUUAUGGUCAGAUACCUCCCAUUGAAAAAAUGGACGCAACUCUCUCUAAUCUUGUCAACUGCGAGAGAUUAUCCUUGUCUACAAACUGUAUUGAAAAAAUUGCCAACUUGAAUGGUCUAAAGAACCUUAAGAUAUUGUCCUUGGGGCGGAAUAGCAUCAAAAACCUUAAUGGACUUGAAGCAGUAGGUGAUACUCUGGAAGAGCUGUGGAUCUCUUAUAACCUCAUAGAAAAACUGAAGGGAAUUCACGUCAUGAAGAAACUCAAAGUCUUGUAUAUGUCUAACAACUUGGUCAAGGAGUGGGGGGAGUUUCAGAAGCUGGCAGAUCUUCCAGCAUUGGUGGACCUCGUCUUUGUGGGGAACCCAUUAGAAGAAAAGUAUUCUGCAGAUGGUAACUGGAUAGAGGAAGCUACUAAGAGGCUUCCCAAGCUUAAAAAGCUAGAUGGAAACCCCGUUAUCAAACAAGAAGAGGAUGAAGGUGAAGGGGAGAGCUAAUGCAAUUCCUUUAAAUAUUCAGAAGUUGGUGCAUUUUUUUAUUGUUCAAACACCAGCAUUUUAACUAUUAGAAGUCUGUGCAAUAUUUCUAUUUAUUUAUUUUUUUUUAUUAGGUUUAUUUAUAUGGAAUGAAGCCAAAAAAGCUAAAUCCAUUUUCUUGAGCUUUAACACUUUGAAUAGAUUUGAAAAGCACACACUUGAUGCGUUUUGUUAGCCUUAGUACAAGCGGUGAUAUACAAUCAUAAUGUAAGGGUUUUGCAGAAAGACAGAUUGGAUGAUACUCAUUACUUACACUGUAAAAAAAAAUGGCCAUUGUUACUUUAAAGAACUAUUUCUACCUAAUCUAACCUGUGCUUAAAAAUAACUAUGAAGAAUUAAAAUGAACACCACUAUAAUAUUAAAUAAUUUAGCAUAACUUUCGAUAAAUUCAGUAAAAAUAAUAUUUUCGAUUUGAAUAACCACUGAAGUUACCGCGUGAAGGACAUAUUAAAAUUUUUAUAUAUUAACAAAACUUUUCAGGGAGAUCAAUAACAUGUUAGAUUGUAACAGUAAAUACAAGCCAGUGACAUUGAAGCAACUACAGAAUUGGAAUGAUUUAUUAAGUUUGUGACAUGGGCUUAUAAUUGUUUCAAUUGGUGAUGCUAUGUUUUAGUAUGUCUCUAUUAGGAGGCUACUUUAAAAGUUCAAUCUGAAGUUGAAUAAUAAUUGCAAGAUUUUAAUUUUUAAUUAAAUAACUUUUGUAAGUGGCAUACUUUUUGUAAUAAAUUUGUUUGGACAAACUAAUUUGCAGUUAAUAGUACAGUUUCAUCACUAAGUGUAUUGUUAACACAUUACAUUGUAUGUGUUGUAUUUAAAACAAGUUGCACAAUGAGAGCAAUUUAACACUUUGUAGCAUGACUCCAUAAAGUAAGUUAAAUGUACUGUGGCCGAAUAAAGGCACCAUAACUAAUACUGUAAUUAAAAAGUUGUCUGAAUUUGUUUCUUGUUAACAAUUUUGUACAUGUGAUUUAAAAUGUAUAUUUACAAUUUUAUGCAUGUUUUAUUGUUUUUGAUCCCUCUACAUGUUUUUGUUUACUGUGUUUCAGAAGAAAACAAUAAACUAGUUUGUCCUCUGCUCAA